UGUGUGUGUGUGUGUGUCUUGCUUCGUUGAUGUUGCUGUGAUGCAUUGAGUCAGAGCUCUUUAAAAGGAGAGUCUGUGCCCUGAGCCUCUCUCUCUCUCUGUGUGUGUGUGAGCGAUCCUGCAGCACUUCAUCCCGACGCGCUGCCCUGCACACAACACUGUAUCAGGCUGCGGCUCAUACACACACAGCUGCCAUGCCAGUUAACCAGUAAGACGCCUAGGUUUGUGGCCUCCAACUUCCUGUUUCCUGUUUUGUUUUUCUGUUGCCCAACAAAAUGGCCGACAACAUCAAAUACAGCCCCGCCCCCACCCAGGACUCCACGGCAACGGUUACCAAUGGCCAGCCAAUCACAGACAAAGCAGCAGCCCAGGACUCCAUGACGCUCAAAAAGGAGAUCUCCCUGUUGAAUGGAGUCUGCCUAAUAGUGGGCAACAUGAUUGGCUCAGGCAUUUUCGUGUCUCCAAAAGGUGUCCUGAUGCACAGUGGCUCCUACGGGCUGUCCCUGGUAAUAUGGGCGAUUGGGGGGCUUUUCUCAGUUUUCGGUGCCCUGUGCUACGCAGAACUUGGAACCACCAUUACCAAAUCGGGGGCCAGCUACGCCUACAUCUUAGAAGCUUUUGGGGGUUUCAUUGCUUUUAUACGUCUUUGGACCUCCCUGCUGAUAAUUGAGCCCACGAGUCAAGCUGUCAUCGCCAUAACCUUUUCAAACUACAUGGUGCAGCCGAUUUUUCCCACUUGCGAGUCUCCCUACAUCGCGAACAGGCUGCUCGCGGCUGCCUGCAUCUGUUUGUUAACUUUUGUAAACUGUGCGUAUGUGAAAUGGGGGACCAGGGUUCAAGACUUAUUUACAUACGCCAAGGUCAUCGCUCUGAUUGCAGUUAUCAUCACUGGGAUAGUCAAGCUGGGUCAAGGUUACACGCAGAACUUUGACAAUGUUUUUGAAGGCUCCUCAUUGGACGCGGGGAACAUGGCGCUGGCUCUGUACUCCGCCCUCUUUUCUUACUCUGGGUGGGACACGCUCAAUUUUGUAACAGAAGAAAUCAAAGACCCUCAGAGGAACCUGCCCCUAGCUAUCGGAAUCUCCAUGCCUAUAGUGACUGUGAUCUACAUUCUGACUAACGUGGCGUACUACACAGUGCUGCAGAUCCCAGAGAUCCUGGACAGCAACGCCGUGGCCGUGACUUUUGCUGAUCAGGUAUUCGGCAUUUUUAACUGGACUAUUCCCCUCGCCGUUGCCCUCUCCUGUUUCGGAGGACUAAAUGCAUCGAUCCUGGCUGCUUCCAGGUUGUUCUUCGUGGGGUCGAGAGAAGGUCACCUGCCCGACUCCCUCUGCAUGAUACACGUGGAGAGAUACACACCCAUCCCGGCACUGCUGUUCAAUGGUGCGAUGUCUUUGGUCUACCUCUGUGUUGAAGACAUAUUCCAGCUCAUUAAUUAUUACAGCUUCAGCUAUUGGUUCUUCGUUGGCCUGUCAAUCGCCGGACAGCUGUACCUGCGCUGGAAGGAACCAGACAGACCCCGCCCACUCAAGCUCAGUCUGGUGUUCCCGGUGAUCUUCUGCCUGUGCACAGUCUUCCUGGUGGCGGUGCCUCUGUACAGCGACACCAUCAACUCCCUGAUUGGCAUCGGGAUCGCGCUGUCGGGCGUGCCCGUCUACCUGCUGUGCUGCUACAUCCCCGAGCACAGGAGACCCCUGUGCCUCCGCAAGACUAUCGCUGCCUUGGCCAAGUUUAUCCAAAUGAUUUGCUUCUCCGUUUUGACCGAGAUGGACAUAGACGAUGACAAAACCGAAUGAACCGACCAAUAGGAAAACAUCUGCCAUCUUCAACAAUGCAGGAAGAGCUGCUCUGCCCACACGAGUCCACACGAUCACCUAGUCGACGACAGGCCAAUCUUUUGCAAUAGCAACACUCCAGACAAAAAAUAAAUUAACUAAAAAAUGUUUUAAUAUAUUCUGCUAUGGGGAGGGUUAUUAUAUAUUUUGUGAAAACAACACCUGCUGUAUGUGUAAUAAAAAAAAAAAAUGGAAAAGGACAACAGGAUAUGAAAUGUAUUUAAACUGUGUAAAUUAAAUUAAAAGGGAUUUUAAAGAUUCUAUAA